AUGAUUAUCGUUGCUCAACCAAAUCAAUUUCAAUCGGUGAUUGCAUCAAAUAAUAAUAUUCGCUCAAGCUCAACAGCUAUGAAUAAUGAUGAUUUGUCCUAUGAUAAUAUCUAUGAUGAUGAUACUGGUGACGGUUCUGAAGAAAUUCCUUCACCAUCAACAGUAACACCUAUGACAAAAGUAAAAUUUACUCCUAAUAUAACAUUAAAUCGACAAGCACAAGCAGAAGAAGUUGAUAAUACCGAAUAUGAUGAUGAAGCAGAAUCCUAUCAAAAUUAUUUAAAUGAUGAUAAUACUGAUGAUGAAACAGCCAAACAAGAUGGAUCACAAAUAUUUGGUGAUACAAUACCUCUUAAUCAACCUGAUAUAAAACUACCCGUUAUUGAUUCUAAUAAUAAUAAAAAAAAUCUUGAUCAAGUAUCUACAACUCGAAUGACAUUUGUACCAGCAAAUCUUUGGCGUGAUCUUUUUUCUAGACCAGGAAUUCUUGUUGGUAUUAUCGGUGGAAUUGUCAUUGGUAUGUUAUCUGCUAUAUUACUUGUGAUGUUUAUUAUCUAUCGAAUGCGUAAAAAAGAUGAAGGUUCAUAUGCAUUAGAAGAAGGACCACGAAAAUCACCAUCACAUGCAUAUACACGUGUAUCAUCGAGAGAGUUUUUUGCUUAA